GUAUGCUUACCACUCUAUACUUAACACCAACUGUUCAUACCUGUGUGAUAACAGUGCUGAUGAAAACUGUACCAUCAUAAAUGCAGAUCCAAACAACAAUAUGAACCAGAUAACUAUUGCACACGAUUACGACAUGGAAACAGUGUUUGAAGUUGUGGCAAACGUUACUGACGGAAACUCAUAUGAAGUUAGCAAACUUGACAUAGCAAUCAAUGAGAGGGGAUGCAUAUAUCCAUCCAUUAAUAUAGAAGAUGAGGGAAAGAUCAAAAUUGAACCAAAGAAAAUAUUCAAAUCCAGCAAACUUCUGUUGUCUGCCACUCCUCUAAUUAUCUGCAAUAACUUUCCUGGUGUUCGAUUUGAAUGGAACGCAAUCAGUUAUGCAGCGGACCACAAAACUCAGAUCAAUCAAUUCCCACUGAGGGCUGUCGGUUCAGAGAUACUCGUCCCAUCGCUGACAUUCGCAACUGGAUUGUAUAAGAUUUCCGUGAAAAUCGAAUUACUAGAUGAAGAACAUGACUUGCAAGAUGAUGACUCAAUCUAUCUUCUUGUUGGACCAUCCCCACUUGUUGCAAAAAUCAGAGGCGGUGGUAUGCGCACAGUCGGUGCAAAACGAAUCGUUACGUGGGACAGCCUGAGUGAAUCGUAUGAUCCAGAUGUUCUUGGAGAAGAGCGAAACCGACUUGAAUUCACAUGGUUCUGCAAAAACUACACUGAUGAUCGAUUUCUCCCGUUAAGUGCUGGUAGCUGCAUAGAAGACAUGAACCAAGUAACAUUCACACAACCUGGUGUGUUCAGCCUUAACACAAGCCUUUUGCACCUUUACAAGCAAUAUGAGUUUCGAGUCGUUGUGAGAAAGGGAUCCCGUUCCAACGAGUUCAAGCAACAGAUCACAGUCAAAGAGGGAGAUCCUCCUGAUUUCCACAUCAAUUGCGUGGACAACUGUAAGUUCAAGAUGAAUCCGACCCAAGCGCUUGCAUUACGCGCUGUAUGCGGCAACUGCAAGCUGCAGCGGAACCCCACGUACAAAUGGCGACUAUUUGAAGUUGUACCUCAUGGUCAAGUGGGCGGAGGGUUAUCAUCCACUGGUGAAGAACCUACUUUACCUCCGCCUAUCACCCAAGCCACUGUUGCACCGAUGACUGAAACAGAAGAACGAGUGUCGCUCGUGGAGGUGUUUGACUGGGAAAACUCGACCACGACUGGUUCCGAUACACCCAUAGUUGUUCUGAACAAGCACACACUCAACGGUGGCAAGCGCUUUAUUCUUCGAAUGAAUAUUUCAAUGGAUGGCUUGGAUGGAAGAGUCUUCAGUUACUCCGACUUUGUUUUUCUCACCAACUUACCUCCAAGGGAUGGAAUCUGUCAGACUGCUGAAUCAAUAGGUAAUUGCCACUCCUUCAUCGCCAUGCCGAACCAAAACUUAUUCGGUGUUUUACACAAGAAGAUACUUUCAAAUGCGACUACUGACAAAUGCAGUGAAUAUUGUUGUCUUACGAGGGAAUUCAUGUGUCUAUCCUUUUCCUAUAAUCCCGAGGCAGCGGCUUGCGUUUUAUUCGAUCGUAACAAGGACUCCCAUGAUGCAGAGCUUAUAUACGAAUCCAGUGUAAUUCACUAUCAGAGGUUGUUUUACAGGGGUGGAGCGGUCGUAGACGAGGUGGUAUUCACGUGUAGCGAGUGGAAAGACGAAGGAGAGCUCUUGAAUUACCCUGAAGAGGGCGGUAAAGCUCCUAAAACAAGCCUCACAUACAAGUUCACCACUGUACCACAGGGCAAUCAAACCAAAGGCCUUCUACUGUAUUUUGGAAACGUCCAAACAACGCCCGGUAUUUCAAUGGCUUUGGGUGAUCCAGGAAACAAUUUUUUCGUUUCUGUAAUUGCUCAGGUGUGCGACUCAUACGGCGAAUGUGCGCUUUCCAACAUUAUAUAUUUGCAGAUCGCUGCUCCAAGUUCAACGAACAUGGGGUCUACCUUAUCUGGCAUCACGAGCGGUAACGGAAGCAAGCUUGCUAUUUUAUCCGACACCGGUAACAGCAAAGCUGCAGCCCAGCUUGUGCAGUCUAUAUCAUCUCUCAUUAAUAUGGAUGAUGACGUAAGCGAAUCAAUCUUCGGCAACCAGACGACUGUUGCAUGGGUUACGACUGUUGCUCCAACCACUGUUUACAUGACGACGGUCGCCUAUGAGAACAGAACCAGAAACGGUACGGUUGGUGGGAUAUCUAGAGAGGAAAAAAGACAUCUUCGGUCUGACAUAGUCAACGCUCUCUCUACUGCCUCGAGUGGUAUUACGUCACUUGACAAUCUGCAACAAAUGACGAGUGCUAUGACGUCAAUCACAGAGAGAACUGACGAAAUUGAACCAGCAGCUCAGCAACGUGCGAGCAACACCGUGCGGCAUAUGGCGGGGAGCCUCUCUUCGUUUUCAGAGGAAUCGACCAAAGAGGAUGUGACGUCAGCUGCGUCAAAUAUCGUUGGUUCGCUGGGAAGUGUUGCCAAGGCUUCCGAGACCGACAUGAGCGAGCUUCAGAGUCAAAUGAUGCAGAGUUCGGAUGUUGAUUACUCCACUCUUGAUCAGGAGGAUCUUUCACCUGAAGAGCAUGAAUAUUACAACAGAAGGAGAUUGAAACAAGAGAAGAGAAGAGUCCGCAGGAGUGCUCUAGGAUCACAAGAUGUGGUGGGAGAUGCACUAGAGGCGAUAUCAAGCACAGCUAACGCGUUGCUGGGAAAGCAGAUGGAAGGGGAACAACCUGUUGACGUCAGCAGCGAUAGACUCGAAAUGAAACUGGAGAAAACUUCACCUGCUUCUCUAAAAGAUAAAACAUUUGCAACAGACAGUGGAACGUCAUUGAAAUUACCUGAUGCUACAGCAUUGCUUGGUAGAAACGCAUCAAAUAUAACUGAACCAGUGGAUAUGCAGGUGACUGCGUUUAAGGAUAACCCCUUUGGAUUUGGGGAUGACGCUGCGUUCAUUAAUUCUCCUGUUACAAUGCUAAAAAUAGGAGGAAUGACUGAGAACAGUGGAGCAAAUAUGUCUGGUGAUGGAAGCAGUAACGGUGGCGUCGGGGUCUCCAUACCAAGCAAAUUCGAUCCAGCAAGAGACAUGGUCACUGUGGUUCGUUCCAUUAACGAUACAGGUCUCUCUAUUAGUAAGUUUGAAGUCAUAUCGAAGAACAACGCCAUUCUUAUACUGCUUGAACCACACGACAGAAGGGCGAAAUUUGAUGUCUAUAUUCGCCACGGAUCAAAGCCUACUGACAAAAUCUUCGACCACAAGUUUCGACUUCCUAAAAAAAUCUGGCAAGUCGAUGGUGAUGAGGAUUUGUUCAAGAUCUUCAUCAAGGAGGAGGACGUCGGAGGAGUCGGGGUCUUCUACAUUGGUGUCCGAGAUCAUUUGAAUAUUUCGUCAACCGAUCAUAGUAGAGUAAGACGGCGAAGAUCAGUUGAGUUUAUCAACUCCACAACUUAUCACAUCCUAAUUGCUACUCCUGGGUGUAGAAGGUUUGAUGAGAAGACAAAAGCAUGGACUGGUGAUGGAUGCUUAGUUGACGAACGCAGCACCCCAGAAGUUACGGAGUGUGUUUGCACGAAGUUGAGUCCGACGUCCAUUUUCAGCGCAGAGUUCUUCGUUCCACCGAACACCAUCAACUUUGCUACGGUGUGGGCAAAAGUUAACAUAGCAGAUAACCCUGCUGUAUUCUCCACAGUAAUAGCACUGGUGUGUAUAUAUAUACUUAUGCUGAUAUGGACGACCAGAAUGGACAGGCGCGACGCACAAAAGUGGAGUUUGAAAUCUACGGUGGACAACCGCAAAGAAGAUCGCUACCUUUACCAAGUAACAGUCUUCACUGGACACAGCCGCAAUGCUGCGACCCAAUCCCAAGUUUCGUGCAUCAUAUUCGGGGAAAAUGGAAAGAGUAAAGUUAGAAGGCUAGCAACGCACGAAACACAAAAUCCAUACACGCGGAGCAGUGUUGUACAUUUUCUUCUUCGUGAACCCAAAUGUUUGGGCCCACUUACGCAUUUACAUAUAUGGCAUGACAACAAUGGCAAAGGUGAUAUGAGAAGUUGGUAUUUGGAUCAAGUUGUUGUACAGGACGUACGGACUGGGAAAAGAUUCUUUUUUAUCUCCGACCAAUGGCUGGCUGUUGAUCACGACGAUGGUAAAGUAGACAGAGUCCUACCGGUCGCCACCCCGGAGAACAUGUCUACCUUUCAUCGACUUUUCGUAUCCACAACAACUCAAAAGUUUACCGAAGAUCAUUUGUGGAUAUCGCUUUUUUACCGACCAACCAAGUCUAACUUCACACGAACGCAGAGAUUAUCAUGUUGUGCAGCACUGCUUUUCAUGACAAUGAUAGCGAACGCCAUGUUCUUUGAGCGAGGUUCUAGUUCUGCUAAAACCGGAACGACUGGCUUAAAAGUUGGGCCGUUUACCAUAUCCCCGCUUCAAAUAUGGACAAGUUUCUGCAGUACGUUGAUGGUUGUACCGGUCACUACCAUUGUGAUGCUGCUGUUUAAAAAAUCAAAAACAAAAGAACAAUCUCGUAUCGAUAAGGAAGAGAAAGAAGCUCUAAGACAACAAGUUAACAAGUUUAACAAAAAAGUGAAGGCACACAGCAAUGCGGCUUCUUUGCCCGAACCGUCAGAUUUAGUCGGAUGCGAGGCGGUAUACAAGAUAAACGAGGAUGGUACAAUCAACGCCAAACCGAACAUAGGUGCACAAGAUGCACCAGUUCCUCCUUCACAAUGGCCCCAUUGGUGUGUCUACAUUGCGUGGACAUUGACAUCCGUGGCUGUGAUCUUGUCAGGGUUUUUCUCUAUUAUGUACAGUUUCGAAUGGGGCAAAGAUAAGGCGAACCGAUGGCUUAGUAACAUGAUGCUUUCAUUUUGGCAAUCUGUCUUCAUUGUUCAACCGAUUAAGGUUGUUCUGCUUUCCAUGUUCGUGGCUACCAUCGUAAAAAAGCCAGACCAGCAAGCACUGGAUUCGGUAGAAGCUAGGGAAGUUAGAGAGGCUGAGAGAAACUUUAUCAACUUAUGUGCCAAUGAUAUCGAAUCGGAGAUGCAGGAAAAGGAAGCAGUUGCUCCUCCGAAACCUCCAAGUAAGAAGAAGUUGCGAAAAGCAAGAAAACUUCGAGAAAAAGAGAAGGCCAUGUCUCAAAUUAUUUGGGAGGUCAUUGCAUAUUUCUUCUAUAUCAUGAUUCUUCUUUUCCUUUGUCAUGGAAACCGUGAUUCAAAAGGACACAGCAUCAACAAUCAUAUUAAAAAAACAUUUUCAAGUUCUACGUUUGGUUUAAACACAGUUUCUUCGGUAGAGUAUUUUUACCGCUUCGUAAACCAGACACUGCUACCAAACCUUUACCCCAACCUUUGGUACAACGGUGAUAAGAAAUCGUGGCGAGAUCGUAGCUUUCUUACAGAUGAGCAAUCAUACCGGGUCGGACCGGCAAGAUUGCGACAAAUCAGAGUGAACGAACAUCAGUGUCCAAUGGUCGCUGCUGGGCAACGGCGAUGCAGAGGUCACUUCCAAUUCUUCGAUGAGGAGACUCGAAGUUUCGCUCCUGGGUGGCGGCCUCUACCGAACAUCACAAUACCCCCUGAUGAUGAAGUUGACGAAGACCCGAGCGAAGGGGCUUGGCGUCAUCAAACUUGGAUGGAAAUGAGAGGGGUACCGUUUGUUGGGUCGCUUGCUGUGUACCCAGGCGGUGGUUACUCUGCAGAAUUAGGAGUCAAUUUAGAGACAGGAAAGUUGGUGAUGGAUGCCUUGUAUAAAGACGCGUGGGUGGACGAACAGACGAGAGCUGUAUUCUGCGAGUUUACCGUUUACAACCCGAACGUAAACUUGUUUACAAGCGUUCUUAUGGUGGUAGAAUUUCCUCCGGUGGGUUCAGCUGUCACAAUGGAGUCUAUUAUGACGUUCCGACUCUACCAAUACCUGGGGGCAUACGGUGUACUAAUGGUACUCGCUCAGGUGAUUUUCUUCCUGCAUCUUCUAACGACCACAAUUAACUUCGUCAUCCGGAUCUUCCGACAACGUCGUCUCCUCUUCAACGAUCCUUGGAAUUAUUUCGACUUCUCGAUCAUCGUGAUGGAGUGGACAGUCACUGGACUCUACAUCUUCCAGCUCGUCGUCUCCGCCUCCACACUCCGGAUCUUUCACGAGAACAAAAGAAAGUUUGUCAAUUUCCAACAAGUAUCAACGAUCGACAUGAUGGUGGCGACGACCCUCGCACUCUCUGCUUUCUUUGGAAUCAUUCGAUUUCUAAAACUGCUUCGCUUUAAUCGGAAGAUUGGAAUGCUGACUUCGGUUCUCAAGAACAGCGCCCGACAGUGGCCAGGUUUCUUCGUCAUGGCGCUUGUUUUCUUCAUCGCAUUUAUACACAUCGGUUACCUCGUUUUCUGUCCCUUCCUGGAAGGCUUUAAAAACGUGAUUCAAUCAGUGGAGACAAUGUUCGGUACAAUGAUGGGCCGACCUUUGUAUGAAAAUUUGCGCAAUCAUUACCGAGUAUUUGGACCCAUCUUCUACUUCAUCUUUUGCUUCACGUCUGCCUUCAUUAUUCUUAACAUCUUGAUUGCAAUCAUUAACGAGUCGUACGGGAUGACAUUGGAAGCCAUCAACUCACAAAGCAACCAGUAUGAGAUCGUCGAUUUUAUGAUGCAGAGAUUCACCAAGUGGUCUGGCAUACAACUCGGAAACCCCGUUGAGAGAAAGGUCCGUCCAGCGCCAAUAUCACCAUCUAAAGUACCACUUCCGCCUUUACCUUACAAGAUUGAGCAUACGUAUGGUUCACAUCUGCUUAACUUUCAAAAGAAUCUGGAUAAGCACGUGUACGACCUUGAAUCGAAAUACAAUAAAUAUCUCAGCAUCGAAGAGUUUCGGGAUCAAGUACUAGGAGAGAUGGCAAAAGUAUCGAAACGAAAUAAUGGAGUACAAAGUGGACUUGUCCGCCAACGUUAUCAAUCCAUAAAACGUUCUGAGCGAAGCAGGUCCAUGACGAUGAACCAGACAUCCAGUUUGCGGACCUCACCAAACGGAGAUUGGUCUGCUGCGGGUUCACUAACAUCAAGUCAAAGUGCUUUGGGACAAAAUAACAGCAGAUUGAGUAACAGCUCUUCAAAACCGUCCGUUAAUGUUAAUUUAAAUCUUUGAAAUUUGUUGUUGUAAUUUCACCACGGCAUACCAGCUGUGUUUUAUUGUAAUAGGACCGAUGUAUUUAUAUAUCUUAACAUUGUGAGCGACUGCGGCAUCUGUGCCAUAUUGUAAAGUUCAAUCACUUAUUGGUAACCGUAGUUCUGUAUAUUUGCUGUAAGAUGGUUCUGUAUCUUAGCGUUCAAUGUAAACAUUAACAUCGCUGUUUUAGGUGGCAGAGCAAUUCAAUCAUAUACAAAAACGUUCAUUGUAACAAUUUUUAUGUGAAUGCUGUAUUUCCGAAUCUUUGUUAACAAACAAUUUAAAAAGUAAAAUAAAUGUUGUUAAAAAUGAAAAAAAAAAUAUUGUCGAAAAGACUAAGAGGGUAUUUCCCUGUAGGGGAUGCGCUAUUUCGCGCAUGGUUUGCUUUGCUAUUAAUUUACAACACGAUUUUU